AAGUAAAAUAUGCAAGAGAUGCGCGCCACCGUGAAAAUGUUAAAGAUCAAAGCAAAAUAAAAUAUGCAAGAGAUGCGUGUCACCGUGAAAAUGUUAAAGAUCAAAGCAAAUUAAAAUAUGCAAAAGACGCUCGUCACAGAGAAUUAGUUAAACGAGUUGUGAAAUCAAAGAGGCAAGAAAAUAAAGCUAAAGACAAAACACAGAAUAUGGAGUUCUUCACUGAGAGGUUUUUAAACAAAGUUGAACAUGGUCCUGAGUAUAUCUGUUGUGUCUGUUUCAGGCUGUUGUUUCCACAUCAGGUGUUGAGUUGUAGAAAGGAUUCUUAUAACAAGACUGCGGCCAUAGCUUCUUUGGCAGAUAGGUGUAUUAGAACAGACUAUUUACAUGAAUGUAGGGAGGAUUGUGUUCAGCCGUGUCAGAUAAUGGCUUCAAGUAGAGGGCAUCUUUGGAUUUGUUACACUUGUCAUCACAAAAUUUCACAUGAGCAAAUGCCUGCUGAAAGUGUAACAAAUAAUUUGGUAGUAGAUCCAGUUCCCCCAGAAUUGGCUUGUUUGAAUAGGUUAGAACAACAUUUGAUUGCUUUAAAUAUUCCGUUCAUGAAAAUGCUUGCAUUACCUAAAGGUGGGCAAAAUGGAGUUCAUGGACCAGUAACCUGCGUUCCAUCCAACGUAGUUCAAACAUCUAAAAUGUUGCCCCGAUCAAAUAUGGAGGGCUCUUUAUUGGCAGUAAAAUUAAAACGUAAGUUAACUUAUAAAGGCCAUUAUCAGUAUGAGUUUGUGGAUACGAUGCAUAUUAGGCAAGCUUUACGGUUUUUAAAGCAAUCAAAUAAGUUUUAUAAAGACAUAAAUUUUAAUGAAGAAUGGGUUAAUGAGUUGUGUGUCUUAGAGCAACCUGAGGAUGAAGAGAAGGACAAAGCAGAAGUAGUUGAGAGUACUGGGGAUGAUGUAGAAGAUGAUGAGUUGCUGCAUGAUCGGCAGCAACAUUGCAUGUUUUCAGAUACGUGUCUGAUGCCUGUAGAUAUUGGUCAGGAAGUUCUAGAUCAGUAUUUUGACAGUAUUGUUAAUGUUGCACCAGCUGAGGGUAAUAAUCCAGUUAAGUUGUUGACAGAUCGAGAAAAUGAAGCAAGGUGUUUCCCAGUGUUGUUUCCUCGAGGUCGUAAUAUGUAUCAUGAAAGCCGUGUAUAUAAUUUGUCGUUGUGCCGUUAUUUUAAUAACCGAAUUUUACAUGCGGAUAGAAGGUUUGCUCAGAAUGUAGAGUAUAUUUUCUUUGCUCAGUACAUGUCUGAGGUAGAUCAGGUUGUCUCCAAAGUAAGUAUAGCAUUAAGAAAAGGUAAAGGAGGUGAGGUGAGCGUAGAAAAGGAGGAGUCCUUGAAGCAGUUGUUGGAUGUAGAUGACGGUUUCAGGUUUCUUAAGCCGAUUAGAGGGACUCCAGCAUUUUGGCAGGGAGUACAGAAAGACCUGAUGGCUUGUGUUCGGCAACUUGGGAUUCCCACGUGGUUUUGUUCAUUCUCUUCGGCGGAUCUGAGAUGGCAAAACCUUCUUAAAACAAUUUUAAAACAGGAAGGUCGAACACAGACAUUCGAAGAGUUAGAGUGGACUGAUAGAUGCGAUCUGUUGCGUCGUAAUCCUGUCACUGCCGCCAGAAUGUUUGAUUUCCGCUGGCACUGUUUUUUGAAGGAGGUCCUUAUGUCUCCUUCAAAUCCCAUAGGAAAAAUUAUUGAUUACUUUUAUCGGGUGGAGUUUCAGUGUCGCGGGAGUCCUCAUGUGCACUGUCUUUUCUGGAUUGAAAAUGCGCCUAAAAUUAAUACAAACAAAGACGAAGAAGUGGUAGCUUUUAUUGAUAAGUAUGUAACAUGUGAGCUACCAGCACAGGAUGAGACGUUAUUGGAGAUGGUCACAUCUGUGCAGCAACAUUCAAAAAGGCAUUCAAAAAGCUGUAAGAAAGGUGGCACUGAAUGUCGCUUUAAUUUUCCCAGACCAGUGUCAGGUAGGACAUUUCUUGUUAAUGUUCAUUUGAAUACUACAAAUGAGUGUGAUAAAUGUAAGAAUAGGUUCGAUCAAAAAUACGAAGGAAAACAGUGCACAUGUGGAAAUGAGUACUACUAUAAUCUGCUAAAGGUUGAUAAGGAUUUGGCAGUACGCACUCUGGAGUCAGUGAAAAAGGCGUUAAAAGAUGAGAACAAGACGUUUAAUAGUUUAGAUGAGUUGUUUCAUAGUUUAAAUAUCAAUCAGCAAAUAUUUGAAAUAUGUUACAAACGUCUAAAUAUGAAUAAAACCCAAAUUGUAUAUAAAAGAGACAUUAACGAAGCAUGGAUUAAUCCAUAUAACAAGUCUCUAUUAAAAUGCUGGAAUGCAAAUUUAGAUAUUCAAUUUGUGACAGACGCGUACGCCGUUAUAGUUUAUAUUAUUUCAUACAUUAGCAAAUCAGAAAAAGAGGUAGGAUUGUUGCUUAGUAAAGCUCAUAAAGAAGCAACAAAAGAUGACAACGUCAGUGCAAAAGAGGCACUGAAACAAAUUGGCAGCGUUUAUCUAAACAGUCGCGACGUGUCUGCUCAAGAAGCAGUUUAUAGAUUAACGGGAAUGCAUUUGAAGGAGAAUUCGCGUAAAGUAGAGUUUAUACCAACAGGGGACAAAAUAGUUAAAAUGAGUAAACCAAUUAGUGUUAUCCAAGAAUGUGGGCUAACGGGAGAUGAUGUGUGGAUGGUUAGUAUCGUAGAUCGUUAUAGAAGUAGGCCUAAUAAUAGCACUUUUAAUGACAUGUGCAUAGCAACGUUUGUGUCUGAAUAUCGUCUUUUAAAACGAAAUGAAAAAUCAAAGAAUGCGAUUCAGUUGCAAAGGGGAUUAGGGUUUAUUAUUAAAAGAACGCGAACAAAACCCGCUGUAGUUCGUUAUGCGCGCUUUUCAAAAACAAAAAACCCCGAAUUAUAUUUUAAAAGCCAGUUACAGUUGUUUUUGCCGUACCGCGUAGAAGAUGACUUAAAAGCUGCUGAUUGCAAAACGUUUGAACAAUUUUAUGAAAAUGGUUCCGUGAUCUUUAGUGAUGGAUCAGAACACACCGUGAAAUCUGUCGUCGAUACGAAUAGGAACAAAUUUGAGGUAGAAGAUUCAGAAGAAUUAGAAGAGUUGCAAAAGAAACUUGAAAAUGAGGGUGGUCCUGAAGUUGCCUGGGGAAAUCUGUGCCCCGAAAAAGAAGUAGAGCGUUUAGAGUGUCAAGAAGAAAUUAGAGAAAAAGAACAGACACCUGCGGAAGAUGCAGAAGAAAUAGGUCGGGAACUCGUAGACAACAUUCCAGAUUUGGCUGUUAGGAAUGAUCAGGUGUGUCAAUUAGAAAAGAAUAAUAAUGUAAUUAGUAGGCGUGAGGGCUUAGAAUUAAUUAGAUCUCUGAAUGAGAUGCAGCUGUCAGUCUUCUAUAAAAUCCGUAACUGGUGUUUAGAUAAAGUCAAUGGUAGAAACCCAGAACCCCUCCAUGUGUUUAUAUCUGGAGGAGCUGGAGUUGGAAAGAGCUACCUAGUUAAAGCGAUUCAAUACGAGGCCACAAGGUUAUUGUCACCAACUUGUCAGAAUCCAGAUAACAUUUGUGUUUUAUUAACGGCUCCGACCGGAAUAGCUGCUUAUAAUUUAAAGGCAGCGACUAUCCACAGUACAUUUGGCAUUGGCAAAGACGUGAGCCUACCUUACACACCUUUGAGUGAGGAAAAGCUCAAUUCUUUGCGUGUUAAAUAUAGUGAUUUGCAGAUAGUCAUAAUUGAUGAAAUUUCCAUGGUCAAUCAUAAUUUAUUGGCUUAUGUCCAUGGCAGAUUAAGACAAAUCAAACAAACUGGUGACUAUAACCCUUUCGGUAAUGUGAGCAUAAUCGCGGUCGGAGAUUUUUAUCAGUUGCCCCCAGUAAAGGGGAAAGCGUUGUAUGUACAAGAUGUACAAAUGAACUUGUGGUCUAGUUUAUUUCAUCUUGUAGAGUUAAAAACAAUAGUUAGGCAAAAAGAUGAAGAGUUUGCGCAAUUAUUAAAUAGAAUGCGAACACACAGAAAAGGUACGCCAAUGUUAGCAGACGAUAUAAACGUCUUAAAACGGUGUGAAACAGGUGAAGAGAGCACAGCCUUACACAUCUUUGCUACAAAUUCCCAGGUUGAUGAAUAUAAUGAGGAACAGUUAAUGAGCAUAUGUCCUGACUACAUAGUUAUAACUGCACAGGACUUUGGUUAUAAUAAAAAAACUGGUAAAUUAGAGUUAAAGCCAGAUCAUCAUAUUAGGGCCAAGAAAACAGCUUUACAAAGAGAGCUGUUAUUGGGUAAAAAUGCUCGAGUCAUGUUGUCUCAAAACAUCGAUGUCAAUGACGGUUUAGUAAAUGGUGUAUGUGGCACAGUGAUAUACAUAGAACAGCCUGAUAAGAAUAUGUUUCCUCCCAGAGUAUAUGUUAAAUUUGAUGAUGAUAAGGUAGGCCUAAAGACGAGGAAACAAACCAUUUAUCCAUCAGCAGAGUUAAUGGGUUCAGUACCAAUUGAACCUCAGGAAGAGAGAGCCAAUAAAAAAGGCCUGAGACGACAGUUUCCUUUAAAGUUAGCUUGGGCCUGUACUGUACACAAAGUACAGGGCCUUACAGUAGAUAGUGCUGUUGUCUCUUUAGCUAAGGUCUUUGCACCAGGACAGGCAUAUGUGGCAUUAAGCAGAGUUAGAAGCCUGUCUGGUUUAAUUAUUCAAGAGUUUAAAGAAAAGUCUGUUUAUUGUAAUGACAAGAUUGAACAGGCGAUUGCUAAUAUGCCACCAUUUAUAACUGAAAGCCACACAGUAGUAAAAGAUGGUUUUAGAGUAUUUCUAAUAAAUGUUCAAAGUUUAAAUCGCCAUGUCUCAGAUUUGGCCCACUGUGCACAGCAUUUGCAGCCUAACUGUAUUGCUGUGACAGAGACAUGGAUACCUGCUGAUGUUAGCUUAGAUUCUGUAGAAAUCACUGGUUAUAGGUUUAGUAAUGCCCCACGCAGUUUAGCCUAUCAUAGCGAUAAUCCAGUGUUAAUGUCCCUUAAAGGCCAACAACAUGGUGGCGUUGGCAUGUACUGUGACAGUAAUGUAGAAUUUGAAAGUGUCACAGUUGCAGGUUUAAAUAUAGUGUUUAGCUGUAAAAUGUGUCACAUACAACAUUUUAAUAGCAGCCAUUUACAGGCCACCAUCAUAUCCUGUGUCUCUCUUUUUCAGGCAUUUUGAAGAAUUGUUAAGUGUGUUAGAGUCACAAAGUGGAACCAUUGUUGUUUUGGGUGAUUUCAAUGAGGACAUUUUGAAGUCCUCAACAAUUUGUCAGAAAAU